AUGGGGCAAAAAAAUUUUUCUAAUUGGUUCGCUGAGAUAGCAAAUGCAGCAUGUUGUGUUCUAAGUUAUCCGGAAACUGAAAAUGAAAAGAAGAAGAAAUACGUAUGUGCCGCCAGUGAGGAGAACUCUACCCGCAAAUUCAAUUGCCUGUUCUGCAAAAUGAACAAUCAUUCGACAUAUACUUGCAGUAACUUCAAGCAGUUGGAUUCAGACAGAAGAUGGGAAUGGAUUAGGUUUUGUAGAAAGAAAAAAGUGUGCAACAAAGAUGGUUGUGAUAAAUUCCAUCACAGCUUACUCCAUCCAAAUUCUCCGAGAGAAUAUAUUGCCACAGCACCAAUUUCUGAGACUGAAAAUGUGAGUUAUCAUACAAAAGAAACAGAAAAGAAAGUUUUAUUGCGCAUAGCUCCUGUACUUUUAAAAGGACCUGAAAACGAGGUUCAUACAUAUGCGUUAUUCGAUGAAGGGUCCACUAUUACCAUGAUAGAUAAAGAUUUAGCCUCAUUUUUGGGAGCAACAGGUCCAACUGAUCCUUUGAGAAUGCGCUGGACAAAUUCAACUGUUAAUGAAGAGAACGAUUCUCAGAGGAUCAACUUAACUAUCAAAGGCAAAAAUGAAAAUAAAGAAUUUUUUAUGACGAACAUUUAA